AUGUCGUCCUUUUCGGAUAGCAGCCUUAGCAAGAAGUUAAACGAACUAAACAACACUCAACAGAGUAUCCAGACGUUGUCACUGUGGCUGAUUCAUCACAGGAAGCAUUCAAAAACCAUUGUGCAAGUAUGGCAAAGAGAAAUGCAAAAAGUGAAGUCCGCUGUGCGAUUGACCUUUAUGUACCUGGCAAAUGACGUCAUACAGAAUAGCAAGAAGAAAGGUCCAGAACUGACCCGGGACUUUGCUACAGUGUUACCAGAUGCAUACGCAGUGGCAGCAAAAGAUUCAGAUGAAAAGACCAAGAAGUCAUUAGAAAGAAUUUUAAAUAUUUGGCAAGAAAGAGGAGUAUAUGACAAGACUUUUGUGUCCAAAAUAAAACAAGAAACAGAUUUAGGAAAGAGUAAUUCUCAGACAACUGAAAAGACGAAAAAGAGAGUUGAUGAAUAUGUUGCAACCAAACCUAAACAUCAUAAGUCUAAGAGUAAACAACGGGAGCGGGAAGCUGUUAAGCAUGUAUCGGAACCAGUGGCACCCGUUGCUGUUGUACCAGCCAAAAAGAAAAAGAAAGAAGAUGAUCUUAGCCUUAUAGAGGAAAUAGAAGCGAUGCCUAACGAUCCCUCAAGUAAUGCUGGUGAUUCAGAGGCAUUGGUCAAGAGGCUGGCUGAUCUAGAACACUCUGCAUCCAGUGAUGCUGCAGUACGAGAGAAGAUAGCUGCACUUCCACCAGAGGUGUCAGACAUACAGCACUUGUCUAAGGUUCAAGAUAAGGAAGCUGCAGUAAAAUUAGCUAGUCAAGUGGAGGAGGCCUGUAUUCUGUUGUCAGAGUACAACUUCAGACUUAAUGCUGAGUUAGAGGAGAGGAAAGCAGUGGGCAAGAUGUUACGGGACUUUAUUGUGUGUCAGAGGGAACAGCUCAGGGAAGCGGAAAGUAAAGUGGAGGAUUACAAAUCCCGACUUGAGAAAGUUACCAGUGUGCGAACAGAACUUUCCUCACACAUCCAAAACCUGCCAGAUCUAACUUUGCUACCUGAUGUCACGGGAGGGUUAGCUCCCCUUCCAUCGGCUGGAGAUCUUUUUUCACUGGAUCAGAGACAUUGAUAUUGGGUCAUUCCAGAAUGUUUGUGAUGGUAUAAUUCUGCAUGGAUGAGUAAAUGUGUGAUGACUAGAACCUUAUGAAUAUUUUGAAAGUGUGUGGUGACUGUGAAAUUCUAGAUGCCAAGCAACCAGUGCUAUUAGACUGGACCAGUCACAAGUCCAGGACAACCCUGAUGUUGGACAUUUCAUCUGUCCUGGACAACCUGGAUACUGGACAAUGCAUUGGUUCAGGAAAAGUCUGAUGCUGGAAAGUCUGUUUAGGAAGUUGGAUACUGAACAACUCCUAUGUCCAGGACAACUUGGAUACUGCACAAUUCACCAGUCCAGGGCGACCCUGAUGCUGGACUCUUGAGCUGUCCAGGACAACUUGGAUACUGCACAAUUCACCAGUCCAGGGUGACCCUGAUGCUGAACUCUUGAGCUGUCCAGGACAACUUGGAUACUGCACAAUUCACCAGUCCAGGGUGACCCUGAUGCUGGACUCUUGAGCUGUCCAGGACAACUUGGAUACUGCACAAUUCACCAGUUCAGGGUGACCCUGAUGCUGGACUCUUGAGCUGUCCAGGACAACUUGGAUACUGCACAAUUCACCAGUCCAGGGUGACGCUGAUGCUGGACUCUUGAGCUGUCCAGGACAACUUGGAUACUGCACAAUUCACCAGUGCAAAACGACUCUGACGCUGGACUCUAACGCUGGGCAGGACAAUUUGAAUGCAUUAUUUCUAUAUUUCUUCUGUAACUGUUGAUCAGUAUGAAAUUGUUCACUUCUCUAUCCAAAUGGUAUUCAGAGCUCAUACUAUCUUAAUCUGAUAAUUUCAUUUUGAAUUUAUAUUGAAUAUAUAAAUGUCUUGGCUAAGAUUGGACAUGAUAAAAUAUUGUAGCAGGUGAUAGAGAUCUAAAACAAUAAUGAACACUGCUUAUUAUUAUAGAAUACUUACAUUGCAUUGCUGUUGAAAAGUACCAAAUCCCAAUAGUAAGCCUUCAAAAAAGUUCAUUAGUAUUUUAAAACAAGAGCCUAGAUAAAGUUGGUACCAUUUUUGUGGUGACAAAAUAAUAAUAUAUUGUUCUGUCAAAGUUGGGUAUUAAUUUUUUCGGGAUUAAAAUUAAUUUACUGUCCAUUUUAUUAAUUUCUUACUAGAAGACUUUGAAUGAAUUACUGAGAUGAUGAGUGUUUUACAUUUUUUAAAUCCUGAAUUCCAGAUGCCAAACAGAUAAUAUGUAGUGAAUAUGAUUAACAUACUGGAUAAUUACAGAUUAAAAAAUCUGGAUAUUCUUUUGACACGACCAAUAAAAUCAAACUUACUGAGGUAAGAGGUCUUAACAAGUUUGAUAGACAAAUUGAUAAAGCCUCAUCCUUGUCUUUUGGUUGUAUUGAAGAUUUCACUUACUGUGGACUACCAUUAUUUUCAAAUUUUUUUAAAAUUUAGUUGCAGUAGCUUCUUUACUUGCCAGUUGUUUCUUACCUUUUCAUCAUUUUGAAAUUUUCUAGGCAUUACCUGUGGGAUAUUAGCUUAAACCACACAAUUUAAUUGUUAUUUAUCUUUGCUAACCAGAGCUUAAGCACUUGUACAUUGUUGUUGUCUCAAUCAAGAAUCUGUUUGGACGUUUUUCCUGAUGUAUUGGCCAAACUUUACUGUAAUGGUUAUGUUUGACAAAGGCUUAUAGUUCAUUUGUGGUGAUUUAAAUUUGUUUAUAUAGAAACUUAUAAACAUAAAUUGGGCAACUUGUAGAGAUCAUAUUCAACUAAAGUAAUUUCCAGUUGCAGCUUUCAGAAUUCUGAAUUAAUUUAUAUACCAGUACAUGAAAAUUCUGAUUAAUUUUCUUUAAUGAGCUGGAUCUAUCACAGAGAUGAUAACAUUGAACUCUGGUGACUCAGAAGAACCAUAUUCUCACUAUAUUAAUCUCCUGUGAGUGAUAUUUGACCCCAUUGUACUUGUUGAAUAUUUCAUCACAUUAACAAACCUACGUCUCAUUAGAAUAAUAAAUGUGACUAAAAUUUUAUACAAUAACUUUGGAAACUUUUCUUCACGUAACCAGAAAAUUAGUGUGACAUUGUAAUGAUUUACACUGUUACUUUCAUCAGACAAAUCACAUGUAUGAAUCAGAUUUGCUCGGAGGUAUACAGUGCAUGAGUUGGUAAUAUAUUUAAGGGACUUUUUGAUUGUAUGACACUAAGAUAAUUAUGAUCAUCUAUACCUCCUUCCAUUUAAUCAUGUAAAAAUAUUUAAAAAACUUUCAGAGCUUUGAAAUGAUAGGUUCCAGUGCUAAUUUUGUGUGGAUCAGAAGCUCAAUUUUGUAAUUACAUGUUAUGUUAUAUUUGGGAUAAGCAGUUUUUAACUUGUCAUUUUAUUCUAAUGAAAUAUUUCACUUUGUAAGCAUUGUGGGUAUUUUGUUUGAAAAGAUCAGUGUUUUUGUCCUAUAAUUUUAGUAAGUUGUAAUGAACUUUACUUUCGUCUCAUACUUAUUUCAUCAGAUUUGUUAAAAAACAAGUUUUCUCAGUGUUUUGUUUUCAUUGUAAGCAAUGAUAUAGUUGUUUUACUUUGCCUGUCACCUUUUGUACAAUAGCAGCCUAAUUUUCUCUCUUGUGUCUGUAUACAUUGGCAAUAAAACACUUUAAAUGAA